GUUUUUUGUGAGACACGAGGACAACAUCUUAGCCAUUGAUCAUAACUGAUCAUGUGGCAGGUAGAAAAACAUGAUUAAGACUUAUUAACGUACAUCAUUUGUUAAUUAGGGGCAGAUUAGUCAUUAUUAUGUUAAAUAUCUCAUCAGUACAUCUGUUACAUAAAUUAGGGUCAUAUUCACGUAAUCAAGAUAUUCGUCUCCAUCAAUCUUCAAGUCUUUGGCCAAUUCAUCGGUGAUAUAGGACCAUCAUUCAUUGAUUGAUCAGUUAUCCUCUUGUAUCAAAAUCGUCAUAUUCAGUUAUGGAUGAUUUGGAUAUGCAUGACAUCGAAAACAAUCAUCUUGAUGAAGAAAAUCAUCAGUUCGGUUAUACUGAUUCAGAGUUUCUUCAUAACGAGGAAAAUCAAUCGGAAACCCAAGAUAUGAAUGACAUCGGAAAUGAUCAUUACGAUGAAGAAAAUCAUCAAUUCAGAUCUGGUGAUUCAGAGAUUCUGGACAAUGAUGGAAAUCAAUUGGAAAUCGAAGUUCAAAGUGACAAUGUUGCAGCAGAAUAUGGAUCUUGCAAAGAAUUCAUUGGAGCUGAUGGUUCUUUAUUUUGGAUUCCAGUGGUUGAACCUGGUUGGAUACCUACUUUGGGUUCAAUUUUUAAAGAUAUAAAAGAUGCUAUUAAGUGGUAUAAAGGAUAUGCAUUAAGAUCUGGUUUUGAUAUUAGAAAAUCAACAGAGAGGAAAAAGAGUGGAAUCACAACUUCGAAAUAUUUUAUAUGCAAUAGAGGGGGAUUGCCAAACACUUCUAUCUUAGACACAAUUAGUGAUGAUCAUAAUAAGCAAUUGAGAAAUAGUAAUUGUAAACGCACAAAUUGCAAAGCUUUUGUUGCAUUCAAAGCUAUACCACAUUCUUCAGAAGUUUACCUGUGGCGCUUUGAACAACAACACAACCACAAAUUGAUCAAUCAAGAUUGUAUGCAUCUUUCAAGAGCUAAACGUCAGUUGAGUGUUGUUGAUCAAGCUUUUAUACAUAAGCUUUCGAGUGCAAAGGUGGGGGCAACUACAACAUAUAGACUAAUGUGCGUUAUAAAAGGAGGAUGUGAAUUUGUUGAUGGACUAGAGAUAGAUUGGAAAAAUUUUACAAGGGAUAUAAAUUGUCACAUCGGGGGAACUGAUGCAAAUUUGUUGAUUACAAAGCUUCAGAAUCGUAAAGAGAAUGUUACAAAUUUUACAUACGAAUACAGAUGUGACAAGAAGCAGUUAAAUGCUCUCUUUUGGGCUGAUGACACUUCAAAACAAAACUAUGAGUUAUUUGGGGACGUUGUUUCGUUUGAUGCAACAUAUCGUACAAACAGGUAUUGUAUGGUAUUUGUACCUUUUACUGGCAUUGAUAAUCACAAAAGGUGCGUCACUUUUGGAGCUGGUUUGUUGUGUAGAGAAGAUACAAAUUCCUAUAUUUGGUUACUUCGGUCAUUCUUGAAGUGUUUUGGAAAAGCACCAAUCAUGGUCGUGACCGAUCAAGAUCCAGCAAUGAAAAAAGCUAUUGAGAUAGUAUUUCCAUACACAAAACAUAGAUUUUGUAUGUGGCAUAUCACAAGUAAACUUCCAUUGAAGGUAAGCUGGGAAACAAUGAAUGAAUCAGAUUUUAAGGCGGACUUCAAUAGUAUAGUAUGAGACUCCAAAAUUGCUGUCAAUGAUUUUGAAAUGAGAUGGGAUGCAUUGAUGGUAAAAUAUAAGUUGCAAGACAAUAAAUGGAUGAAAGAUAUGUUUGAUUUGAGAAGCAGUUGGAUUCCAGCCUAUUUUAAAGAUGUACCGAUGUCAGGUCUA